UGCUAGUUCAUCAUUUAGCAGUAAGGCAUUCCCUGGGAAAUAUCCCACCCUCUUCCACCCUCUGACUUCACCACGUCAACCAAGCUUCACAAUCAUCAUUGCUGAGUACAGUAUUAAAUUGUUUCCAAAGCUGCAUUGGAUGUUUUCAUUGCAGGCCAGCCACCUGGCAUGGCCGCUCCUUCUUUACUCACCUGAGCGCUGAGGCAAUCAGAGCUUGGAGGGGAGGUAGGUGUUCGCGACAGCCCCACGUCACAGAGUCACAGUCUUGGAGCUCUGGAAUGGCUCUGAAUGAAGCCAGGCAGGACUCUGGUGCAGUAUGUCACCCCUCAGAGCAUACUCUCACCAGGACAAGAAGCUUCCUGGGUCUGACCUCGUAGUAUUCAGCACCCCUGUUCACACUGCAAGAUCCCCGCAGGGAGUCCACUUGGAUGGGACACCUGGGGAAGCCUGACACACCCCUCACAGAGGCCAUGCACUCCACCUGCACAGACAGCUGUGACUCUCAGCUGGCUUGGAAAACAGAAGGGUUUAAUGGUCGCUGAGAAGACAGCAUAGAACAAAGCUUGUUAGCACAGAAAUCAGGAGCAUUCAGCAAAGUCUGGCUUGGGGAGAAUCCAGAGUCCCGAGCCCUGGGCUCUCCCCACAUAGUCCCAAAACAGGAGACUGACCCGAUUCCAGCCCCUCAUCCUCAGUGAUGCCCAGCUGCCCCUCUCUGUACUUUCUCUCCUUCCCAGGAAAACAGGUCACCUGACCUCCCCCUCUCUGAUUUUUCUCCACCACGUUCAGCUGGCUUCAUGCAAAGGACGGACUCCAGCUAUUGCUUGCCAGGAUACAGAGUGUCGGCCAUUCUCUGUGCCUAGGCAGCCAGUCUGCAGUCCCACCUGCUCUCUAGGGAUGUCCACAAUCAUCACACACCCAUAUCCCACCCCCAAUACUUGAGUAACACAUGGGGAAAAUGAGGAACACACAGUAUUCAGAAAAAAACAUUAAGAACAUUCCCGCUUCCUUAUACCCCGUUGGAACCAGUGGCUGGAACCAGCCUCUAGGGUACCUGAGCCUGCACGUGAUGGAGAGACCUGGGGAAAGGGCUGGAGCUGGACAGGGAAAUGAUUCUGCACAAAGGGCGUCUUUCAGGGACUAGCUGGCUGAGGAAUCGCGUCCACAUUUCGCUCCAGAUCGUCCCGUCUUCCAGGAGACAGGGAAGGGAAAUGACUGUGAUGGAGCCAGCUGAGAUGCUGCUGACCUUCGAGGAGGUGGCUGUGUAUUUCACCCAGGGGCAGGGGGCUCUGCUGAACCCUGCUCAGAGAGCCCUCUACAUGGAUGUCAUGCAGGAGAACUACGAGACGGUGACCUCGCUGGGAUUUCCCAUUCCCAAACCGGACCUGAUCACCCAGCUGGAACGAGGGGAAGAGCCAUGGGUCCCGGAUCUCCAGGACUCCAAGGAAAGGGAGAGCCUGAGGGGCAUCCGCACAGGCAGUGACUCCUGUCUGGAUUCUCUCUCCCAGCAGGUGAUAGGACAGUGAGUGAGAACAAGGAUGAGAAUGCACAACAGGAAGGUCCUCGGAAAGUGGAACUGCAGGAGACAUUUUUGAGAAGUGCUGAAGGGAAGUUUUCCCAGUGCUUGGAACAGGGAGAAGCCUGGGGAGAUCGACACAGAUCAGAGAUGCAGCUGGGAAACUAUUCCGGGAUGAAACUUGAUGAAUCCGUUCAACGUGGCGGAGGAUGCAAGGAUCCCAAGGAAACCACAGUCCAGCAGACAAGUCACAAUGAAGAGAAACCCUACAAAUGCCUUGACUGUGGGAAAAGAUUCCAUUUUAGUGCAAAACUUAGUACACAUCAGAGAACCCACACAGGAGAGAAGCCCUAUAAAUGCCUGGACUGUGGGAAAAGCUUCAGUAAGAAGCCAAGUCUUAUUAUACACCAGAGACUGCACACAGGAACGAGACCCAAUACAUGCCUUGACAAUGGAAAAAGUUUUACCAAAAGUUCAUCCCUUAUUAAAAAUGUGAGAAUCCACACAGGAAAAAGACCCUAUAAAUGCUUUGAGUGUGGGAAAAGUUUCAGUUUGAAAUCAACUCUUAACACGCAUCAGAAAACCCACAAGGGAGAGAAACCCUAUAAAUGCUCAGACUGUGGGAAAGCUUUCCAUCAGAACUCAUACCUUAUUGAACAUAGGAGAAUCCACACAGGAGAGAGACCGUAUAAAUGCCUUGAGUGUGGGAAAAAUUUCAUUUGUCGUUCACACCUGGCUAAACAUAGGAGAAUCCACACAGGUGCCAAACCCUAUAAAUGCCUCGACUGUGGGAAAAGUUUCAUUGACAAUACAAAACUUAUUAGACAUCAGGCAAUCCACACAGGAGAGAGACCCCAUAAAUGCUUGGACUGUGGGAAAAGCUUCAUUCAGAAGAUACACCUUAUUACACACCAGAGACUGCACACAGGAGAGAGACCCCAUAUGUGCCUUGAGUGUGGGAAAAGUUUCAAUUUGAAAUCAACCCUUAAUACACAUCAGAAAACCCACACGGGAGAGAAACCCCAUAAAUGCUUGGACUGUGGGAAAACUUUCGGUCAGCGCUCACAGCUUACUAAACAUAGGAGAAUUCAUACAGGAGAGAGACCAUACAAAUGCUUUGGGUGUGGGAAAAAUUUCAUUAGCCGUUCACACCUUAUCAAGCAUCAGAGAAUCCACACACGUGCCAAACCCUAUAAAUGCCUCGACUGUGGGAAAAGUUUUGUUGACAGAACAAAACUUACUAGACAUCAGGCAAUCCACACAGGAGAGAGACCCCAUAAAUGUUUAGACUGUGGGAAAAGCUUCAGUAAGAAGUCAAACUUUAUUAGGCACCAGAGACU